UGGUCACGUGAUCCAAUGUUUUGCUACGUUACCGGGUACACUUUAAAGGGGACGUUUCGAGCUGUUAAAAAGCACUCUAAUAGCUUAUAUUUUGAAUUUACUAGACUUUACUUGAGUGAAAUGUUUUAGUUUAGCCGCCUGUCUCUCUCGUUAACGUUAUAUUUAAACGUUUUAUCGUUUGACUGAGUUCUAACUAGCUGCGUAGUAGCGCUGUAACCCGUCGUGUGGACCAUGGCGGCGGUUGACAGUUUCCAGUUUUUGUACAGAGAAGUUUCUCGGUCGUGCAGCUCGUAUUUUGAGACCCUGGCUUUGGUCGGGGCUGUGUACACGGCCAGCCGGGCCAUAGUCCUGCUGGGCGACUGCUGCACGUUGGUUAGGGUCCAUUUCCUGCCCAGGAUGGUGCCAUGCAGGAAGCUGACCCAGAGAUAUGGGGACUGGGCUGUCAUUUAUGGUGCAUCUGAGCCUGUAGCCAAGGCGUAUGCAGAAGAGCUGGCCAGGCACGGCAUCAACAUCAUCUUCGUCUCUCAGGACGGCACCUCCAUUACAGAAACCGCCGAGUCCCUCACCCAAACCUACGAGGUGGAAACUGCCGUCGUCCUAACCGAUUUCUCCCAGGGCCACGCCAAGACCAAGCCUCUCAAGGAGGCCAUGAUGGGGAAAGACAUCGGCUUCUUGGUGAACUGCGUGGACGAGUCGCUGACCUCCCCUCAGAGCCUGAUCGAGGUCCCCGAGCAGGGCCUGCUGGACCAGGUGAAUAAGAACAUAGCCGUUGCUACGCUGAUGACCCGACUGGUGUUGCCGGGCAUGGUGGAGCGCAGCAGGGGGGCCGUGGUCAACAUCUCGUCGGGCGCCUGCUGCAGACCCCUACACGGAAGAGUGACGCUCACCGCCGUCACCGGAUAUCUGGACAGUUUCUCUAAAGCUCUUCACCUUGAGUAUAGCAGCAGAGGGAUCUUCGUUCAGAGUCUGAUCCCAUUCCAGAUGGCUUCAAGUGGGGAGCAACCUUCAUCAUCCUCAUCCUCAUCCACAUCAACGAGCGAGGGCUGGUUCGUUCCAAAACCGGAGGUUUACGCUCGCCACGCCAUUUCCACGCUGGGCGUGUCCAGCAGAACCACGGGAUACUGGCCCCACACGCUGCAGUAUGGUCUGAUGAGGUGUAUUCCCGAGUGGAUUUGGGUUCUCGGAUCUCGGAUGCUCUUCAGUCCCAGCUAAUAACUUCGAAGCCAGAUGAUGGAUCCUGUUACACAAGUGUCACCAGACAUUUUAUAGAUCGUAAUCUGAUAUAGAUUUCUUGACAAAAAAAUGGGGAAUAUUUCUCAAGUCUCCUCUAUUUCUGGAAUGUGGUUUGCCUAUUCUUUAAUCCUACUAUAAAAAAACAAAACAGCAAGUCAAUGGGCCCUUCGUAGUAGCAAAAUAUAAGUUUACGUAUAAGUUUGUGAACUUCACAAGGGUCUAAUAAUCUGCAUUUUUACUAUCAAAACUAAGUUUAAGUUGGUGAACAUUCCUGCUUUAAAAUGUGGUAAAACUGAGCCUAAAGCAUAAACAUUCCUUGUUUUUGAGAAGGUGUAAAAUACAAAAAAUAGGUAAAUAUUCAGGCUGCUUCUUGAAAAAGAAAAAAGGAAGAAUACAUGUACUAUCACUAAUAAAUAAUGAGGAGUACAUUUAAAGGAAAUAUUCACCCACAGCCUGACACUACUGGCCGGGUUUAACUUCACAGCUUUACCUGCUCAUUUUGGUUAUUAUUUUCCAAAAAAUACAUUAAAAACCCAUUUAAAUAAGUGGUUUAAACCAGAAUAAAAUAUGCCGUGUUGGAGUGAAAAAGCUACUGUAUGGAACAAUAAGUCCUUUGGACUCUUUAGAGAAUUAAAAUGAUCUCCACAUGUGUGAAAAAAGGAGAUUAAAGGUGGAAUGGGAGUCCCCCUAAGCAGCCGGUAUGGAUCUGAACACAUUCGUGGACUUUGAUCACUGAGUCCAGCGUGUGUCGGUGGGGCAUUAGGCAUUUUUUGAAUUUACGAGUGUUUACGGGCAGAAAAGAUGAAGAGGGAGAGGUGACGGGGUUCUGGUAUUUAUAGUCAGAUCUGAGAUGCCGUUUCAGUCACAUUUGGACCAACUCUUAACUUAUUGUGAUGAAAUUGUCUUGUAUUAGAAAACCAGACGUAGAUAAAUAAAUCUCUUAAUCCAGAGAAACUCUUGUCUCCUCAUUUUAG